CCCACAAACCCCUCGCAUUCCUCCCCAUUCCCCACCAAUGGCGACGCCUUGUCCACCCAUGAAACCUAGGGUAGCGGCCGAGGCUGCUGCUGCUGGCGGCGGCGGCGGCGGGAGCCAGGAACAGCCGCCGGAGUCCGGGGCCGACCUCAUCAGCAGCCUCCCGGACGCCACACUCGCCACCAUAAUCUCCCUCCUCCCCACCGGCGACGGCGCGCGCACGCAGGCCUUGGCCACGCGGUGGCGCCACCUCUGGCGCGCCGCCCCGCUCAACCUCUGCGACGACGACAUCCCUUGGCGGGCAUCCAGCGGCGACGUCUUCUCCCGCGUCCUCUCGGCGCACCGCGGCGGCAGCCCCGUCCGCCGCCUCUCCCUCGGCUGGCGCAGCUGGUGCGGCGGCCGCUACCCCGACCUCGACGCCUGGCUCCGGUCCCCCGCGCUCGACGGCCUGCGGGAGCUCGAGCUCUGGCACGGGUUCGCGCACCCGGCGCCGAUGCCGCCGGCCGCGUUCUGGCUCGCGCCGUCGCUCCGCGUCCUCGCCCUCAGCGGCGGCGUCAGCAACAUCUGCGUCGGCGAGUUCGUCCAGUUCCCGGCGGAGGACGUGGACAGGCUCCACUUCCCCCGCCUCGAGCAGCUCACGCUGAAGUGCGUCGACAUUGCCGAGGCCGUGCUCCACACCCUGCUGUCCAAAUGCCCCGUGCUUGAGAGCUUGGUGCUCAGCCAAAAUGAGGGCUUCCAUCGCCUCCGGAUCAGCUCCCCUACCCUUCGAAGCUUUGGCGUUUCGGAUGACCGCGAAGAGCUCUGGGAUCUUGAGAGGCUGAAACAAGUCGUCAUCGAGGAUGCCCCUCUCCUGGAAAGGUUCUUCAUCAGGCAUUCGGAAGAGGGAGAUGGUCUAUCGGUUCGCAUAGCCGGGGCGCCCAAACUCGAGUUCUUGGGAUCUCUAACCUCUGGCAUUACUACACUUGAGCUAGGAAGUACUGUUCUGAAGGAAACUUUGCCUGUCAACUCAACGACGGUGGUGUGGACUGUCAAGGUUUUGGUUGUGCACAUGUCUCCUCCUAGUAUUGAUGAUGCUAUUAGCCUUAUGAAAUGCUUUCCCUGCUUGCAGAAGCUAUAUGCCUUGAUAUUUCUGGACAAGGAGUCAAAAAGAGCACGAGUUCAUGAUCCAAGUGAUUAUCUGGAAUGCCUUGAUCUGCAUCUGAAGAAAUUAGUACUGAUAAAUUAUCGAGGGAUAAAGAGAGACAUGGAAUUUGCCAAGUUCUUUCUUUUGAAAGCUAGAGUGCUAAAAAUGAUGGAAUUGGCAACCCGCCGUCAGAGCUGUGAUUCGAAAUAUUUGACUACACAGGGUACCAAACUGCAGCUGAAGAGCAGAGCCUCUAAAGAUGCCCAAGUUCUCUUUUCAUGCCAUAGCUAUUCAAAUGAUUCCAUGCACAUCAAGCAUAUGCAUGAUCUGAGCACUGUUGAUCCCUUUGAUCAGUCGUUGUGUAGCUGUAAAAGUAUCCAGUUUCUUUGAGCUGGUAUCCUGCAAACCAUAGAUGGAAUAUUAAUGGUUUCUGCUUACAUUCAGAAGACUGUUUCUGCUUACAUUCAGAAGACUGCAUGGAUAUAUUAUCUGAUGUCAAUCUUACUUUGUUUCUGCUUUACCAUAAGAAGACUGUUUGAUGCUUAUUUUCACUGUCCCAUUGUGCUUCUGUUGCACAUACUUGCUUGGAAACAAAGAAUGUGUCUUAUGUUCAAAUAAUUUAUAUUGAGUAUGUUGACUUUGUCA